CUCGACUCUCAGUACUUAGCUGAAAUUCGUUGCGUACGGUUGUUCGACAACGCGCCGCUACGAAAAAAGCGAACGAAGUGAAAAAAACCGUCCUCAACAUCUUUUCCUCUUGCAAAAAACAGCCCCAGUAGGAAACGAAAGCAUAAAUAAUAAAUCGAUCGACAAAGCCAGCCCAACGCAGCUUCAUGUUUGUGAGUGAAAAAACGAUUUUCUCGUGAAGAAAAUUAGCGCACAAACGCGUGUGCCUGCAGUGGUGAUUCGGGGGGAAAAAUAGCGUACGUGAAUACGAAAAUCAAUCGAAAAAGAUAUAAGGAUGGAUAAUUUCGACGAAGAAAUAUAAAUCCAUUCCAAAUCGGAAGAUUCAGUGGUGGUGACGAGUGAAGUGAUUUAAUUGUGACGAGAGAGAAGCGAGAGAGAGAGUGUCAAAGUUUGUGCAUCUCGCGAGUGAAAAGUGUCUUUAUUUUGUAUUUUUUGUUAUUAUAUCAUUAAUAUUCAACUAAAGUGCCAUUAACAACAGCAACACCCCACUACUGCGCAACAAUCGUCCUUACAUAAUCAGUGCGCAAGAAGCUUCAAAUAAUACCCACCCUUACCAGUAUAUAUUCGUCCCGCUUGUGUUUUUACAUCGUUUAACCAACUACUAAAGCAGCAAAACAACAAAAAAAAACAUAAAAAAGGAAACAACAACUUAAAUCCUCUUAUAACCAACAAAACAACGGCUUCGAUCGAUGUAAAACGAGUACGAAAACGAGUAGCGCAACAUUAACGAGGAGCAAAACGAAACGAAGCAAAAAGAGUCGCUCCCUCGCUAACUACGAAAAUCCGCUCACAACGGUAGAAGAACAGCGGAAACAAUGUCAACGCAAUCAUACUACAAGGACCGGCUCGGGUUCGAUCCGCGGGAAGCACUGUACGACAACAACAAUGGUGAGGUGCAGCAGCACCACACCAGCAGCAGCUCGACCAGCAUCAACAACAAUCAUCACCAUCAGCAGCAUCAGCAGCAACAGUACCAUCAAACGAUUACGACCACCACAACGCACCGGCACAGCAUCGGUGGCAGUGGUGGUGGUGCUGUGGCCACUAGCAGCAGCGGUGGCACAACAAUAGUGGGCAAAAACCAUCACUACUACAACAAUGGUGGCGGUGGUGGUAGCCCCGGCCCAGGCAACGGCACCGUAGGUGGUGGCGGCACCAGUCCGCACAACGGUGGCAGUCAUCAUCAGCAUCAUCACAACAACAACGGUGAAUACUACCAUACGACGCCGGCCAAACGUCAUCGGCAGUCGUUCACGGCGACGUCACCGGCGACCGGCUCGUCGCUGAACGUUACCAGCCAGGGCGGCUACGAGGAUGCGCUGACACAGUUUAAAGAUGAGCGAGAUGCCAUACAGAAGAAAACUUUCACGAAGUGGGUCAACAAACAUCUGAAAAAGCAUUGGAAAUAUUUAAAGACCUACACCCAUUUACAUGUUUGCGUAAUCAUCAACGGAUUACCCUGUUGUCCGCCAGCUGCCUCUCGUCGUGUCGAUGACCUAUUCGAAGAUCUGCGCGAUGGACACAAUCUUCUUUCUCUCUUGGAAGUAUUAUCUGGCGAACAUCUUCCAAGGGAGAAAGGAAAAAUGCGCUUCCACAUGCUGCAGAACGCACAGAUGGCGCUCGACUUUCUGCGGUACAAAAAGAUCAAAUUAGUCAACAUCCGGGCGGAGGACAUCGUGGACGGCAACCCGAAGCUAACACUGGGUCUAAUAUGGACCAUCAUUCUGCACUUCCAGAUUUCCGACAUUGUCGUCGGACAAGAGGACAAUCUGACUGCCCGGGAGGCGCUGCUCCGAUGGGCCCGCCGCUCGACCGCCAAAUACCCGGGCGUCCGGGUGAACGACUUUACCAGUUCGUGGCGCGACGGUUUAGCAUUCUCCGCGCUCAUCCACCGGAAUCGACCCGAUCUGAUCGACUGGCGAGAAUCACGAUCGCGUCGACCGCGGGAGCGGCUCGAGGUUGCUUUCCACGUCGUCGAGAAGGAGUACGGCGUUACGCGAUUGCUGGAUCCGGAAGACGUCGACACGAACGAGCCGGAUGAGAAAUCGAUGAUCACCUACCUGAGCUCGCUGUACGAUGUGUUCCCGGAGCCGCCGCAGAUGCACCCCCUGUUCGACAUGGACUCGCAGCGCCGCGUGCAGGAGUACCGCGAGCAGGCCCAGCAGCUGCUGUACUGGUGCCGGGAGAAGACAUCGCUCCUGCAGGAGCGUGCCUUCCCGACCACGCUGAUCGAGCUGAAGCGGCUGCUGACCGAUCUGAACCGGUUCCGCACCGAGGAGGUACCGCCGCGGCAGCGCGACAAGCAGCACCUCUUCUCGAUCUACAAGGAGCUGGAGAAGUACUUCGAGUCGAUCGGCGAGGUGGACGUCGAGACGGAGCUCCGUCCGGAGGCGCUCGAGAAGGCGUGGCACCGGCUAAUGUCGGCGCUGGCCGAUCGCGACUCGAUCCUGCAGCAGGAGGUGCAGCGGCUCGAGCGGCUGCAGAAGAUCGCCGAGAAGGUGCAGCGCGAGUACAAGCACACGGAGACGAUCAUCACGAAGAUUGAGACGCGAAUCUCAGAGGAAAGCCGCCGCAUCGAGCGUCUGCAUCCGGUCGAGGCGAAGAACAUCGUCGAGGGACUGGACGGGGACAUACGGCAUCUGGAGCAGCCGCUGCAGGAGAUGAACGACGAUUGCCACAACCUGAAGGAUGGUCGCUAUCCGCAGGCGAGCGACCUGCACAAGAAGGUCACCAAGCUACACCAACGUUGGUCCCAGCUAAGGACAACAUUCCAUACUAGCCUAGUACAAAAACUGUCCGGUCUGAGCUAUCCGGUGCAAGAGACGACGAUCACGAAGCAAACGCGCGUCGUCACGGAAACGCGACAGAUCGGCACCAACCCCUACUUCCGGGAUGUGCAAGAGUACACUGAAUGGUGCCAAUCGAAACUGAAACAACUGCAUACCUCCGACUACGGUUCUGACCUUCCGUCCGCUAAAGUGGAACUCGAGCGCCAUCAGCACGAGCACAAAGUGAUCGACCAGUUCCACUCUAAAAUAGCCCAGUGCGAACGGCACGCAUCCAACUUCACCGGCGAGGAGCUGCAGCUGUACCGGCAGCGCCUGAGCCAGCUGCAGAAGGUGUACGCCGAGCUGCUGAGCACCUCGACCAAGCGCCUGUCCGAUCUGGAUGCGCUCGUCGAUUUCUUGGCGACCGCGACGGCCGAACUUAGCUGGCUGAACGAUCGCGAGCAGAUCGAAGUGAGCCGCGACUGGGCCGACAAGAACCUGGACCUGUCGGCGGUCCAUCGGUACUAUGAGUCUACUUACAUCAAGCGUACUUAUGGAAAUGGUGAGGAAAAUCUCAUGUCCGAGCUGGAAAAACGCGAAAUGCAUUUCGCUACCAUUCUGGACCGCGGCGAGGCCCUGCUCGUCCAGUCGCACCCAGCGUCCAAGUGUAUCGAGGGCCAUCUGCAGGCGCUCCAGUCGCAGUGGUCCUGGCUGCUGCAGCUCACGCUUUGUCUCGAGGUGCACCUGAAGCAUGCGACCGACUACCAUUCGUUCUUCGACGAGGUGCGCGAGGCCGAGAACUGGUUGACCAAGCGGGACGAAAUUCUGAACAGCAAGUACUCGCAGUCGGAGUUUACGCUCGAUCAGGGCGAAUCGCUGCUGCGCGGCAUGCAGGAUAUACGCGAGGAGCUCAAUGCUUUCGGCGAAACGAUUGCGCAGCUGCAGCACCAGGCGACCGCGAUCGUGCCAUUGAAGCAGCGCAAGCAGCCAGUGAACCGACAGUGCACCGUGCAGUCGAUCUGCUCGUACAAGCAGGGCAACAUUUCGCUGGACAAGAACGAAACCUGCACCCUGCUGGACACGUCCGGGCGCGUCAAGUGGCGCGUCAAGACAUCGAAGGGCGUCGAAGGGUCCGUGCACGGCGUGUGUCUGCUGCUGCCGCCGCCCGACCAGGAAGCGAUCGAGGCGGCCGAACGGCUGAAGCGCCUGUUCGACCGCUCGGUCGCGCUGUGGCAGAAGAAGCAGCUCCGCCUGCGGCAGAACAUGAUCUUCGCCACCAUCAAGGUGGUGAAGGGCUGGGACUUUGAGCAGUUCCUGGCGAUGGGGGCGGAACAGCGGACGGCCAUCCGCCGGGCGCUGAACGAUGAUGCGGACAAGCUGCUGGCCGAGGGCGAUCCGGCCGAUCCGCAGCUUCGCCGACUGCGCCGCGAGAUGGACGAGGUGAACCGGCUGUUUGAUGAAUUCGAGAAACGUGCCAGAGCAGAAGAGGAGAGUAAGCAGGCCAGCCGCAUCUUUACGGAGCAGUGCAUAUCGCUGAAGACGCGCCUGGAGGAGAUGGCCCGCGAGCUGGACCACAUCAUCCUGUCGCCGAUGCCGCGCGAUCUCGACUCGCUCGAACAUACCGUCCAGAUACUGGAGGACUACAAGCGCCGUCUCGGCGGGCUGGAGCCGGACCUGAAGCAUCUGCAGGAAACGUUCCGCACGAUCACGCUGAAGACGCCGGCCCUGAAGAAGAGCCUCGACAAUCUGAUGGACCUGUGGAAGGAGCUGAACACGCAGGCAGGCUUGCACGGCGAUCGGCUGAAGCUGCUCGAGGGUGCACUGGCCGGGCUGGAAGACAACGAACAGGUGAUCUCCGAUCUGGAGGGCAAGCUGUCGCGCCAGCUGGAGCUGCCGUCGACCCAGGAAGGCCUGUACGAGGUGUACAAGCGGCUGACCGCUAUACAGGAGACGAUUUCGAGCCAGCAGCCCGAAAUGGACAAGAUGAACGAUUCGGCCGAUCAGCUCGGUCGCAUGGGCGUGCCGACGAAGGUGCUGGGUGACCUGAAACGCCUACACUCGAACGUGGAGCGCUUGAACUCGCGCUGGAACAACAUCUGUGGACAGCUGGCUGAGCGCAUGCGCAGCGUAGAAACGGCAAUCGGCUUGAUGAAAAACCUGCAAACCAGCAUUGUCGUGGAGGAGACCUGGGUGGAGAAGCAGACGGAGAAGCUGCAGGCUCUUCCGACGGCAACGUCCGCGCGGGAGCUCGAUUCGAUGCUCGGCGAAACGGUGGAACGCAUUCCGAAGGUUGAACAGGUUAAUCUCACCGGUGGCCGCUUGAUCCGAGAAGCUAAGAUCUACGAUGGUAAAUGUGUUCACUAUAUCGAUUGGUUGAGCGAAGUACGGCCCAGCUUUUCGCCUCCUCGACAGGAUCUCCGGCCGGCAAAUGCCGAUCCCGGCGCGACGGAAGUGUACUCGAAGCGGCUGGACACGCUGAACGGUCGCUUCGAGACGCUGCUCGAACAACUGACCCAGCGGCUGAAGACGGCUAUCGAGGUGAAUGGCGCGGACGGAUUGCGCUACGCAGAAAGUCUUCACAAGCCGCUCCGGACCUAUCGGGUCGAGUUCAAUCUUGGUCGACCGGCAAACAAUGGCACUGAGGGCCACCAGGAGGUCGAGGAGGACAUCUACACCUCGACGUACAGCACAUCGCAAAUUACCAAGAUCACGAACAACAAACUGAUCUACGAUACGAUCGAUAAGAAUGGCAUGCCGACGACUGCCGCGUCCCAGCUGCGCGAGAACGGAUCGCCCACGAAAGCAAAGCCCAAGGAUGGCGGCGGCUACCCGACCAACGGUGCUUCCUCGGUGCAGUUCACGGAGAUUCGCAGCCUGAAGCGAAUUCAGCGCACGAGCGAAGCGGUCGGCACGAACGGUGAAGAGGACGGUGCCCCUGUCCUGCUUGGCGACGGUGAUAACAUACUGAACACACCGGGCAUUAUCGAUCCGACCACCGGUCGGACGCUGACCGUCGGUGAGGCGAUCCGGUUGCGUGUGCUGGACGUGCGCAGCGGGCUGCUAAACGUGAGCACGACCGGUGAGCGCAUCAGCCUGGAAGAGGCGGCCCUGCGUCAGCUAAUCGAUCCGGCGCUGGUGGGCAAACUGUUGCGGCCCGGGGCCGCCAUCGACCGGGACGGCCGCCCUCUGAGCCUGCUGGAGGUGAUCCAGAAGGAGAUACUGGAGGCGGAGAACGGUGGAUCGUACGAGAGUACAGAGAAGCGCAUCAAGGUAACGACCGAGGGCAUCAACGAGCGGCAGCAUAGCGGCAGUAGUAGGGCGGCCAUCGCUGACGGUGGUGGUAGUGGUGGUGCUGCGGCGGCGACGGUGGCGGCGACGACGACGGCGUCCUCCUCCUCGCAGCAGCAGCAGCAGCGCGCUGUAAAGUAUAGCACUAAGGAAGCAAAAAGUAUUGUCGAUGCGAUCAAGCAGGGCCUGGUGGAUGUGACGGCCGGCGGUGGCGGCGGCCUCUACCGCACGCCGUCCGGCCGGGAGCUUUCGCUGGCCGACGCGUACGAGUGCGGCUAUUUGGUUAGGAGCGAGGCGAUCAAGAUAGCACCGCACACACUCUGUCUGGCCGAUGCGCUGGCGCAGGGGCUGGUCGAUACCGGCGGCUGGGUGACGGACCGUAACACUGGCGAUACGUUCCGGCUGGACUCGGCCAUCGAGCGGCAGCUGAUCGAUCCGCACGUGCGCGAGGUGGUGGACACCAAGCACGACACGAAGGUGACGGUUGCGCAGGCGCUCGAGCAGGGCAUCAUCAACGCGCGCACCGGACGGUACAUGAACCCGCAGACGAAGGAGAAGCUGACGUUUGCGGAGGCGCGGCACCGGCAGCUGAUCGGCAAGCCGCUCACGCUGAAGGACGUGUGCGAUCUGCAGCUGUACGAUCAGAGCGAGCGCAUUGCGUCGCCGACGAGGCGCGAGCGGGUCAACAUUCCCGGCGCGAUCAGUUUGGGCGUGCUGGAUGGGGAGAAUGUGCGGUCGAUCUUUAAGACGGGCGGGGCGGAACUGUUGACGCUGGCGGAAGCGAUGGAUCAGGGCAUUGUGCUGCCGUUCGAGAAUCGCUACCGGCAUCACGAGACGGGCGAGCUGAUGACGAUUCCGGAGGCGGUCGAUCGCGGGCUGAUCUCGUCCGUGUCGAUACGGUCGAUAUUUAACAUACACGGGUUUAAGGAUCCGCACAGCGGCGAGUUUGUGUCGUUCAAUAUGGCGCUCGCGAAGAACGUGCUGCGCAAGCGGGACGGACAGUUUAUGCUAGACAGUGGGAAGGGUGUUUUGCUGCCGCUGGGCGAAGCGGUCGGGCUGGGGCUGGUGCGACCGGAGGUUUAUGAGAUGUUUAACCGGGCGAUAGGUGUGCAGGAUGACCGGGCGGACCGGGAGCUGUCGCUGAUCGAGCUGGUGUAUCGCGACCAUAUCGAUCCGAAGACGGGCUUCCUGCUCGAUGCCGCCCGCCGAGUGCUACCACUCGAGCCGGCAAUCGAGCGGAAGUUUAUCACGCCCGAGGGAGCACUGCUGUUGAUCAGCCUGCUCAACAUUACGCUCACGACGGAGACGGUCACGAAAACGAUCAAGCGCUACGUCACCAUUACGCACACGGGCGAAGCGCCGGAAGGGCAGCCCCAGGUGCUGCUAUCGUUUACCGAAGCCGUACGGCAAGGUUUGAUUGACGAGAAGACGCGUACGUAUCGCGAUCCGGCCACCGGCAAUCUGUACUCCAUCCAGCAGGCCCUCAACCAUGGGCUGCUGCUGCCGGACACGGAAGCGCUGCCUGAGCAGGCUGCGGGAGGGGCACCAAGUGGUAGCGGUGCUACCGCACCGAUCCAGUUUGAAACGCGCGUAGUAAAGGGAGCGAACAGUCGCACGCUAAACAUUACGACCGAGUACCUCGAGCGGGCCGACAGCGAGUUGCAAACGUUCGAGCUGCCGGCGAACGGAUGGCCACUGAACGAAGCGAUCGAGCGGCAGCUGCUAAACCCCGACACGGGCCUGCUAGUGAUUCCGGGCACGGAUAGGUUGGUUAGCUUCGAGGAGUGCAUUAAGCUGCAAAUCAUUAACCGCCAGUCGGCGUUCGUGUCCGAUCCGAAAACGCCGGAACGGCGCGUGACGAUCGACCGGGCGCUGGAGAAGAAGAUACUCGAUCCGGUCGGGCGGUACAGUGCGCGCAAGGGCGCCGAGCCGCUCACGAUGCGGCAAGCCAUCGAGCAGGAGUAUAUCAUCUUCGAACAGUGCCUACCGUCGGUGACGGUUGCGGACGGGUCGGAGAAUCGCACGAUACAGGUGACGAAACGCACCGGACAGCCGGAUCGGGUGGAAAUUUCAAGCACCUCGGCAAAGAACUCCACCUUGGUGGAGGUGAAGGUUGUGGCCACACCGGAGCUCAUGAGCCCCGAGCCGCUGCAGCUAGCGCCGGGCGUUAUUUACGAUCCCAGCACGGCGCUUGUCAUUUUCGCUGAAACGGGACGAUCGGAUAGUAUACUGGGUGCGGUAGCGGGUGGCAAGAUCGACCCGAGCCUGGUGCAGCUGGUCGAUCCGGCGAACCCGGCCGGGGAGAAACUGUCGAUAGCGGAAGCAAUCAAGCGUGGCCUUAUUGAUGAGCAGACGGGUGAGAUACACACUGCCAGCGGUCCGAUCAGUAUGAUCGAAGCCAUCCAGAAGGGACUCCUAUUAGUGGCAGGCGCUCCACUGGUUGCUGCCGCCGGAGCGAUUGACUCCCUCAAGCUGUUUACCGAUCCCGUUACGGGUGAGGAAAUUCCAAUCGAGCUGGCAUACGAAAGGGGUCUUAUUACCCGCAGCCAGCUGCCUAGUCCCGAGCGAGCUGCUUUGUUGAGGAAAAAGCUCAGCGUAGAAAGUAGACGAUCGUCGGAGGGCAUCACGACGGUGGUUACAAAGGCUGGCUCGCUGGAGUACGGCCAGGAGCCGAAAAAACUGCAGAAGAUGCGUAAGUGUGUUCUGCGUCCGAAGGAUGCGGCCGAACAGGGUAUAAUCGAUGCCGAGACGGCACAGAAAUUGGAAGAUCCGACCCUCUUUUCGAACCCAUCCACGACGCUAGCGGAUGUGUUGAAGAGUGGACAGCUGAAGGGUGAGAGUGGAAGGAUCGUUGAUCCUCAGCGGGGUCAUGUGCUCAAUUUGAAGCAAGCAGCCCAGCGAGGUAUACUAGAUCUGCACGGUACGAACAUGAUCUUUGUGCCGAUUGCACGCUGCCUAAGUCUGCCGGCGCUUGAGACGCAGGGCUUGCUGAACCCGUCCGACUCUCGAAUAUACCAUCCCGAGUCUGGGCAGCUGCUGACGCUGCGGGAAGCGCUGUUGUGCGAAAUAGUCGAUCCCCUAGCGGAGAUCACAGUGAACGAGCAAUCCAUGCCGCUGGAGCAAGCGAUCAGUGCCGGUUUGGUGGACGAGGAUCGUUGCACGAUUGGUGGGGAAUUGAAGAUUGCCGAUGCAAUCGAUCGGGGACUGUGCCAACCAUCCAACUACGAGUCAAAGAUACCGCCAAUCGGAAUGUCUCUGCCGGUGGUGGUGGAACGUGGUUUGCUGGACGUCGCGCGAAAGGAAGUAACGCAUCCAAUCUCACGCGUCCCGAUGCCUUUGGAGUCAGCGUUGAGGAAUGACUUUAUCAUGGCUACUCCGUACACUCCCGACGUGGAUGGUGUGCAACUGCUGGACGCCAUCGAUCGGGGUCGCAUUGAUACGACCAAGGGUACGUACAAGACCCCGCUCAAGGGUACGGCUGAGAUAGUAGCCAUACCGCUGCGGGAAGCAAUCGAUACGGGCAAGCUUAUUGUGAAGCCGCUGCCGAAAUUGAUACAAAACUUGCAGGCGAAUCAUGCCGUCACGUCGGUACAGGAAACGGUGGCCGCAUUCCAUACCAUCACCACCAAGACGGUGGAAAUUCAGUCCGGCUAUGCGCUGAUCUCGGCAAACGAGGUUCAGGACUUGCAAACCGGCGCAAUCAUGUCAGUUGACGAGGCAGUAAGGCAGGGUAUUAUGACACAACCCGAAGAAACGCGGGAAGAACUGACCCAGCAGGAGGUGAAAAUUGGUUUGAAUGAAGCACUACAGCGAGGGCUGCUGGAUGUGACGAAGGGUACGUUUAUCCAUCCGAGCACUGGGGAAGUGAUGUCGAUUUCCGUUGCCGUCGAUCGUGGCUUCAUUGGAUCCCACUCGUCGAGCGAGGAAACGCUCAACCGGUCACCGGAAAUGUCUCACAAAGCUAUCGGAAAAGUGGAUGUGGCCGAGAGCACGCCUUCCGAUUCGCCGAAGAAGACGGUACCACUUGAAGCUAGUGGACAGUUGGGACCUAUGUCCCAACAGCCUUCGGGUACGCCUGUUGGAAGUGUUUUAGAUCGCAGUCAAGUCGCACAGUCGGCACCUUCUGCUGUGGCUUCAAACAGCUCAACCGCUCCAUCGAGUGGAAGCAACAUUGGCAACAACAUCAAGGAUGCUGCCAAGCUUGGCCUUAUGGCUGUGGUAGGUGCACCGGUACUGGGCGGCAUGGCCAUUGCUGGGGCAGUAAAGAAAGCUUUCGAGAAGAAAGACAAAGGUGACACAGCUAGUGCGGCAGGUUUUGAAGUCGUUGGAAACAUUGAGGAACCAACGGUACCGUUCGUAAAUCUGGCAACGGACGAGAUUCUGGAUCCAACUGCUAAUCAAUUUGCUCAAUCGCAACCGAUGGUUGACUCCAGUGCUCAAAAGAUGCCAGCUGAACAAGACACUGAAAAGGCACCAGAAGCAAUAGAAGCGCUGGAAAAUGUCGAACAACUUGCAAAGGCUAUGGUAGAACCAGUCAAACCGGAAGAAAAUUCCACCGUAAAAGAAGAACUGGUAACUCCAACCCCAGUAGGAACAGAUAGCGAAGAUCAGCUCCUUGCUCAGAAGAAGCCAGUAAAAUCAGAAAAAGACUCGUUGAGCCAAUUUUUAGAUACGGAAAAGUCUGCAUCAGCAGCUGCUCAAUUACCGCAAGAACAGGCAGGCUCAUCCAAACUUGCCGAAGCUUCCACGGAUGUUGAGAGUGGAGCUUCGGACAAACUUCCUGCGGCAGAUCCAAACACAGCUGCUCAAGAUGCACCACAAAAUGAUUCAAUUUCGAAAUCAAAACAAACAACCGAACAGAUGCCCGAGGUAGUCGAACAAUCACUGAAAGUGGAGGAAGACACAACUCCACUUGAAACAAAAUCUGUAGAGCAGGUUGUGGUUCCGCAGACGAAGAAGGGAACUGAUUCCAUUAGUGAUUCCACAGAUGCCAACAAUGAAAAUAAUAAGCUUGCAUCUGUCCCUGAAGUUGCCGCAACAACUGGUAGUGCAAUUGCUGAUGUUAAGGCAUCCGAUGCUUCAGAAAAGCAGGACCAGAUGGUGUCUCAGGAAGCUCCAAGCGUGAGUUCUUCAGAAGAAGUGCAAAAAACAGAAACUAUCCCUGAACCAACAACGCACAGCUCAGGUAUUGAGGAUGCUCACGUAUCUAAACCCUCCAAUGUGCCAACAGCCAUCCCAGAGGAAGAGAUCGCUCCUAAACUCUCAGGAGAUGUAUCGUCCAACUUCCAGAAGGCAGAGGUGCCAAGCACUACCGACGGUGGUGCUGGAAGUAAGCUAAUGGAUGCAGCCAAGUUAGGUCUCAUGGCUGUCGUGGGAGCGCCUCUGCUGGCCGGCAAGGCAGUGGUAGAUGCACUAAAGUCUGACAAGCAACCUGCAGCGGUAGGAGAAGUUGUAGCCACCGGGGUAGAACCUACCGAGCGACACGUCACGUUCGUGGAACGUCCUUCGGAGCGUCCCGAACGGAUGACACUGGGAGAGGCAAUAUCGCAGGGCAAAAUUGAUCCCAAGCACUGCCGCAUCCUGGUAGACGAUAAGCAGAUGCCUUACACGGUAGAGGAGGGUCUUAACCAGGGCAACGUGCGCAUCUACGAUGUGGUUGACGUGCUGUCGAAGGAACGAAUUUCGUUCGUCGAGGGCGAGGAAGGCGAUGAUGCACUUGUGCUGGACGCAUCGCUUACCGAACAGCGGCUGGGCGAGCUGGGAGUGUAUGAUGUGGAGAAGGGAUACUUCCUCGAUCCAACGACCGGCGAGCGUGUAUCGUUCCGGGACUUUAUCUACAAUGCCGGUGCACUGAUCGAUCCGACCACGAUCUUUGUGAAGGAUCUUGGCAGGAAUCGGUUUGAGCGGUUAGAUGUGGCUUUGAAGAAGCAUCUGAUCGAUAAGCACACUGGCCAUAUGCUGGAUAAUAAAACGGGCAAGAAGAUCAAGUUCGUGGAAUGUUGCCGCAGGGGCUGGAUCGUACAGCGGGAGCCGGCGGGCGAUGAAGAUCUAUCCCCGACCCUGGCCGAAGUCAUUGACGCUGGGCAGAUCAACCCGCAGACGGGAGAGUUCAUUCAGAACAAUGAAAGCAUCCCAAUUGCCGAAGCGUUGCGUGCAGGGUUCAUUGACAAUGAUUCGCUGUCGGUGAGGGAUCCUACCGAUGGGCAGAUCGUACCGCUAGCGGUCGCGAUCGAGAAGGGCAUCAUCGACCUGAAGCUGGGUGUGCUGUUCAACAAGGACACCCAGGAGGAGAUCGAUCUGAACGAAGCGUACGUUAAGGGGUACAUGCUGGAGGGCAAACGGAAGCCAAUCUCGCUGGAAGCGGCCGUACUGAAGGGUUUGUACAAUCCGGAAUCGGGUCUCAUUCUCGACACGAUCACGGAGGAGAUGGUGGACGUGCAGCAGUCCGUCGAUAAGGGUAUCGUCGAUCCGAAGAUCUCCAACGUGAAGGAUACGAAGGAGAACACGCUGGUCCCGCUGCAGGAUGCGCUCGACAUGAAGCUGAUCGAUGCCGAAUCGGGCAAGCUGAAAGAUACCGCCAGCGAUCAGCUUAUGGCACUGGACGUGGCGGUUGAAAAGAACCUCAUGGACACGAAGCACGUGACGCACAGCUUGAUCGAUGUGCUGAGCCGUGAGUUCUACAACCCGGCUACCGGCAAGAUUCUCGACCCGGCCAAUGGCGAUGAAAGCAACCUGAAGGAUGCAAUCAACACGCAGCUGGUAGAGAUCGACAGUGUGCUGAUUCGGGACGAGGCACGCGAAAGCGUUGUCAAGUGCCGGGACGCCAUUGCGAGUGGGCUGGUCGAUGAUGUGAGGGGCGUUUUGACACGGCCAGAGCUUACGCUCGACCGGGCCUAUCAGAAGGGGUACGUGCUCAGCAACAAGAAACCGAUCUCGUUGGCAGAUGCACUGCUGCGCGGUUUUUACGACCCAACGACCGGGAAGCUGUUGCUGGAGGAUGCACCAGCCGCCGUUACGCUCGAGCAAGCGAUCAGUCAGGGUGAAAUUUCCACCAACGAUCUGAUCGUGCGCGAUCCCAAGAGCGGUACGGUGAUCAGUCUCGCUGAGGCCAUUCGCAGCGAGCUGGUAGAUCCUGCCGCCGGUUUGGUGGUAGACUCCGCGUCUGGGUUGAGCAUGGGCCUCGGGGAGGCGAUGGAUCGGGGGCUGAUUGUGGCGUCGAAGCGGCGCUGCAGCCUGCCGGACGCCGUGUACCGAGGGCUGUACGAUCCCAAGUCGGGCCAGUUCAGCAGCACCACCACGCCCGAACGGAUGUCUACCGAGCGGGCGAUACGGCGCGGGUUGUUGGAUCCGGAAUCGACGAUCGUCACCGUCGGUGGCAAGAUCGUUCCGUUCGAGCUUGCGAUCGAGAACGGUACGGUGGAUGUGCGCCGGGGAACGGUUCGCGACGAUGAAGGGGUGCGCAUCGAUUUCCGAGAGGCGUUCGAUCGCGGUUUGCUGGUGGAAGUUCGCAAACCGAUUGGGUUAAGUGAGGCCGUACUGAAGGGAAUCUACCGGGAGGGCAAUGGAAAGUUCGUGGAGCCUAAGACGGGCAAAAAAUUAACGCUUGAACAGGCGAUUGCGGGCAAACUGAUCGAUCCAUACUCUGUGCAGGUGCGUGACGCGACCACAGGAUACUACAAGGAUCUGGAUCUGAACGAAGCGAUAGCGACACAGUUUAUCGAUGGAGAUAGCUCCAAGGUGCGGCACGGUGAUGGGUGGAUAACGCUGAAGCACGCGUUCGACAUCGGGCUGCUGUACGACCGGAAGGCACCGGUAAGCCUGCAGCGAGCCAUCCACCAGGGCAUCUACGACGACAAGACGGGCAAAUUCGUUGAGCCCGCUACCGGUCGCAAGAUCACGCUGCAGGAAGCGACGCGCAAGUUUAUCAUCAAUCCGCAGCUUCCGUGCUACUUUAACGAGCGGGACGAGACCAUGCUCAAUCUUUUCGAAGCGUGCCGGGCGAAGCUGAUCGACCGGCGGGAGGGCGUAUUCCGCGAGCCGGGCAGUGAGGUAUUCAUCCCGCUGAGUGAAGCGCUCGCUCUCGGUCUCAUCGUGGACAUUGAAAGUGCAGGCUUUGGGCUGUACGAAACGCUAGCGAUGGGUUUCUAUCGUCCCCAGACGGGGCAGAUUCUGCACCCGAUCACGGGCAGACAGAUAACGCUGGAGGAGGCCUGCGAUGAGGACAUUGUAAGUCCGGCGGCAUCUAUUUUAAAGAUUGCUUCCACGGGUCGGUACGUCCGAUUGGACGAGGCUAUCGAACAGGGUGUGGUAGAUGCGCAGGCGGGGAUGUACAACCUGCCGGAGGGAAAGAUUAACCUGCAGGAAGCACGUCGCAGGGGUCUGAUCGUGACGAACCAGAAGCUACUCUCGCUAGAGAAAGCCAUCAAGAUGGGGCUGUACCGAGGCGACGAGGGUGGCUUUGUUGAACCCAGCUCGGGUGACUUGCUCAACCUGCAGGAAGCGCUCGAUGCCGGUCUGCUCGAUUUCGAAACGACCGUGUACAAGGACGCAAUCACCGGUCAGGAUAAGCCGUUGCGUGCCGCCAUGCAUCAGGCCGACAUUGACGUCGACAAGGGCAAGGUGCUCGAUCGCAAGAACGAUCGUGCGUACAACUUUGACGUCGCGUUUGGCAAGGGUCUGCUGGUAACGGUUAACCGUCCAAUCACGGGCAAAAUCCUGGAGCGCAAGGAAUCGAUCGAUAACCUGCUGCAGGAGUCGCCCAUCGGCAGGGGGCCGAAGGAAAUGAGCCUGCAGGACGCUCUGCGCCACGAUCUGCUCUCGCUCGAGGUGUCUGUGGUGCGCGAUCCACGCACCGGGUUGUUUGUGCCGCUCCGGCAAGCGCUGCAGGACGGUGUCCUGCAGGAAGGUGCCCGUGCAACCGUCGAUCCCAAGCUGCUCUUCUUCACCUUCGACAACGACUGCGUAGUGUACGUGCGCGAACCGCUCAGCUUCGAUCGGGCCGUCGAGUGCCAGCUGCUCGAUCUAACGACUGGCCGCUUUUUGUCCGUACCGUCUGCAUCCUCCACCGCCCAACCCGGUCCAGCCCCGAGCUCCGAGCCAUCGGCCACCACCAUCACCCUCCGGGACGCCAUCGUGCAGGGGCUAAUCGAUCCCGAGUCGGUCCUGCUGAAGGACGGUGCCAAGCGCAAGCUGCUGCACCUGCCGGAAGCUUUCCGCAAGGGUUUAAUCGAGCCGGAAAAAUCGAACGUGCUGGAUACGGCCAGCUCGAAGCUGGUCCCGCUGCAGGCGGCCGUCGAGACCGGGCUGCUGACGACGCCCCGGCGUGCGUUCGGGCUGCUCGAGGCGCUCGACUAUCAGCUGUACGCGCCGGCCGAGGGCAACUUCCGCGAUCCGUUCCACCAUGCGGCCCCGGCCCGGACGCUCACGGCCACGAUCGAGGCCGGCCUGAUCGAUCCGUCCACGACGGUGGUGCGCGACAGUGUCGGUAAAGGUAGCGCCAUUGUGCCGCUCGCGUCCGCCAUCGCGAGCGGGCUGGUCGAUGCCGCGCGCGGCCACUACCACGGCGACGAUCGCGAACCGAUCGAUCUCGUGCAGGCGCGCGAGAAAGGAUAUCUAUUGCUAGCGGAGCAACGGCAAGCAGUGAUUGAGAAAUUCGCUCUCUGUGAGGACCACCUGGCCAAGCUCCUGGAAUGGAUAACUCGUGUCGAACAAGACAUUGCCGCCGUGGGAGGACCCAAGGAACGCGUCGACGAUCUGCGCAACCAGAUCAACUCGCUGAAGCAAAUCAAGGAAGACAUCGAUGGACAGAGCCGUCCCGUUGCUUCCUGCUUGGAUCAAGUGCGUCAGCUCGUGCUGACCGGUGGAGAUGUGCUGAGCGCACCCGAGGUAGCCGCCCUCGAGACGUCGGGCCGUGAACUGCGCGCCCGUGUCGACAAGGCGCAGGAUCGCACCGGCAAACUGCUGCGUCGCCUGGGAGCUGCCCGCGACGAGCUGGGCAAGCUGCGCACCGAGCUCGAUACGUUCUCCAGCUGGCUGCAGUCGUCGCGCCGCACACUAGAGGACAAGGAAAGCACGCUGUCCGAUCUGCACAAUCUGCCCUCGCAGUCCGACACGGUGAAGGAGUUCCACAGCGACGUGAUUGCCCAUCAGGCGGAUUUGCGCUUCAUCACGAUGUCGGCCCAGAAGUUUGUCGACGAGUGCAAGGAUUAUCUGGGCGUGCUGAACGAUUUCCGCACCACGCUGCCGGAUCGUUUGCCGCACAUUGAGCAAAUAUCCAGCUCGGACAGUCCGAUUCGUCAGGAGGUGUCGCUAGUGACGGCCCAGUACCGCGAUCUGCUGAACCGUGCCAACGCGCUGUUGGAUCGUUUGGCCGGGCUCGGCAAUCGUCAGCGAGACUAUCAGGAAUCGCUGGAAAAGGUGCGCAGCUGGUUGCGUGACGUGCAGCCGCGCGUCAGCAGCGUCCUUUCGGACCCGAUCGCUGCCGAUCCGCAAUCGGUGCAGGACCAGAUGAAUCAGACGAAGGCGCUGCAGAGCGAAUUCCUGUCGCAGGGCCGUCUGCUCGACAAUGUGCAGCACAGUCUCGAUGCGCUGCUGAAAUCGCUGGCUGGCCGGUUGAGCCCGUCGGAAGUGUCCGCGCUGGAGAUACCGGUAGAGGAGGUAAAGGACAAGUACAGCCAGCUGCUGGAAGCGCUUGGCGAUCGUUCGAAGCUGCUCGACACGGCCCUGGUACAGUCGCAGGGUGUACAGGAUGCACUGGACGGACUCGCCGUGUGGAUCAACCAGUCGGAGGAGAAGUUCAAGCUGCAGAACCGCCCGGCCUCGCUGAUAAAGGAUCGUCUCAACGAGCAGGUGCGCGAACACCGUGGCCUGCUGAACGAUCUCGAGUCGCACCGCACGAGCCUCGAAAGUGUAACGCUCUCGGCGCAGGAGCUGAUGGCUACGCCUUCCAACACGCGUCUCGCCAAGCGCAUCGAGAGCAACCUGAGCGACGUGACGGGACGCUUCGAGAAGCUGCUGGACAAGGCGCUGAAGCGGGGCGAAUUCCUGGAGGACACCAUGUCCCAGCUUACGAAGUUCCUGAACGAUUCAUCCAAUCUGGAACACGAGCUGACGGCACUGAACGAAGCGCUCGAGGGACGUGAGCUGGCCUCGCUGCCGGCGGAAGUGUUUGCCCAGCGCAUGGUGGAGCUGUCCCGGCUGAAGGAAGAUUUGCGCCCGCAGUACGAAGCCACGGUUCGGCUGGGCAAGGAUCUGGUCGCCAAGCGCGACGUGACCGAUACGGGCGUGGUGCGCGAUCUGGUGAAGGUGCUGGAGAACCUGUGGAAGACGACGGUCACCACGCUGGAGGAGAAGCUGAAGCUGUCCAAGCAGAAGGCGGAACAGCUGCACGCGUACGAGAACCUGAAGGAUCAGGUGCUGGUGUGGCUUUCGAGCAUUGAGACGCGCACGAACAACCUGGCACCGGUGGCGGUCGAUGUGGACGCGAUCAAGUUCCAGAUCGAGGAGGUUCGCCCGCUCGUCAAGGAGCAUCGCGAGUACGGUGUGACGAUCGAUCGCGUCAACGAUCUCGGCGCCCAGUACGAUGCGCUGAUUCGCCCGGACAGUCCGACGCGCAAGCGCUCGGUGUACAGCCCGAUCAAGCGGUCGAACGUGAGCCCGAUGCGGCGCAUGUCGGGCGAUGCACGAUCGCCCAGCCCGACCAAGGGUGGCCCGUCGCCGCUGUCGCCCGCGAGCGGAUCGAGCGGAUUCGGUAGCCGGCGAUCGUCGCAGGACGGUUUCCAGCUAACCGAUCUGACUCCGAUCCAGCAGCAGCUGACGGAAAUCAACAACCGGUACAGUCUGGUCGGGGCCCGGCUGAACGAUCGCCAGAAGGAGCUGGAUUCGGUGCGCGACGAGGUGCGCAAGCACCAGGAGAAUCUGAAGACGCUCGCCAGCUUCCUGGACAAAAUUCACCGCCAGGUGCCGCGUGACGUCAUCGGCAACAAGGAGGAGGCGGACCGGUGCAACAAGCAGGCGCGCAAGAUUCUCGAGGAGAUGUACGAACGGCAAAGCCUGCUCGACUCGACCAAGGCGCAGGUGAAGGAUCUGCUGAAGCGCAAGCCGGACGUGCAGGGCGCGGAGCGGCUGCGGGCCGAGCUGGACACCGUUGCCGAUCGCUGGAAGAACCUGAACGAUCUGUGCAAGGAUCGCAUCACGUUCUCGGAGCAUCUGCGCGACUUCCUCGACACGCACGACAAUCUGAACACGUGGCUGGCGGCGAAGGAGCGCAUGCUGACCGUGCUGGGACCGAUCUCGUCGGACCCGCGUAUGGUGCAGAGCCAGGUGCAGCAGGUGCAGGUGCUGCGGGAAGAGUUCCGUGGCCAGCAGCCGCAGCUGAACCACCUGCAGGAGGUUGGCAAUGCCGUGCUGGAGCAUCUGCGCGAAUCAUCGCCCGAAGGGCAGGCCGUCUCGACGAAGCUGCGCAACGUGCAGAAGAAAUGGGACGAGCUGGUGGCCCGAUUGGACGAGCGUGCCCAAAGCCUCGGUGCCGCUGCCGACAGCUCGAAGGAGUUCGAUGCGGGGCUGAACCGCUUGCGCGAGGCACUGCAGACGAUUAGCGAUAAUCUCGACUCGCUGCCAACGGACCGGGACCAUCAGGAGACGCUGCGCAAGAUCGAGAACCUCGAGCGCCAGCUGGAGGGCCAGCGGCCGCUGUUGGCCGACUCGGAAGCGGCCGCCGAAACGCUCUGCCGCGUGCUGAGCGAUCCGGUGUCGCGUGCCGACGUGAAUGCGCGCGUUGCUGCCGUCGGCAAGCAGUACCAGACGCUUCAGAAGAAGCUCGACAUGCGCAAGGCCGAAACGGAUGCGGCACUGCGCGACGGUCGCCAGUUUGCGGAAACGUGCGCCAAGACGCUGGGCUGGCUGUCGGGCGAGCUGGGCAACCUGACCGAUCGCCUGCUCGUGUCGGCCCACCGGCCGACGCUGCAGCACCAGAUCGAUACGCACGAGCCGGUGUACCGGGAGGUGAUGGGCCGGGAGCACGAGGUGAUCAUGCUGCUGAACAAGGGGCGCGAUUUGCAGGACCGGCCGGGCCAAACGACGGACCGCGGGAUGCAGCGCGAUCUGGAGAAGAUUGCGCAGCAGUGGGACCGGCUUCGGUCCGCCGCCGUCGACCGCCACUCGCGGCUGCAGACGUGCAUGGAGCACUGCAAGAAGCAUGCGGCCGCGUCGGAAGCGUUCCUGUCGUGGCUGCGCGGCGCCGAGGACAAGCUGUCCCUGCUGAAGCCGGGCCUGCUGAAGAAGCAGCAGCUCGACCAGCAGCUGCGCGACCUGCAAACCUUCCGCAGCGACGUGUGGAAGCGUUCCGGCGAGUACGAGACGUGCCGCAGCCUGGGCGAAACGUUCAUCGGCGCGUGCGAUGUGGACAAGGAGGCGAUCAAGGCGGAGCUGCAGGACAUGAAGGAUCGCUGGGAGCGGCUGAACAACGAGCUGCUGGCACGUGCGCAAACGCUCGAAACGUGUGCCAAGCGGUUGGGCGACUUCAACGAGGAGCUGCGCGAUCUCGACCACGCCGUCGGGCGCUGCGAGGACCGUCUUGCGGCGCACGACGCGCUGGGCGGUGCAGCGAAGGAUCCGAAGCUGCUGGAGCGCGUCCGUGCCAUCAAGGAUGAUGCCGCGGCACUGCGCAAACCGCUGCAGUCGGUGCGUAAGCUGGCGGGUGAAAUCGCGGCUGAAGCUCGGGCUGCCGGCGGCGACGGUGAUCAUCUGAAGUCGGAAGUGGACGGUAUUUCCGAUCGCAUUGAAGAUCUGCACGCUCGCUUGGAUGACCGGUGUGGUGAGCUGCAGUCGGCCGCUACCGCGGUGUCGCAGUUCAACGAUCAGGUGAAGCUGCUCGGUGUGGAUUUGAACGAUCUGGAGCAACAGGUUGAUUCGCUGCAUCCACCAGCGCGCGAGAUUAAGGUCGUGCUGAACCAGCUGGACGAGGUGGCCGGCAUACUCGGCAAGAUCGACCGGGCCGCGUCGAACGUGAGCGAGGUGGAGCGUGCCGGCGAGCAGCUGGUCGACUGUGGCUUCGCGCCCGACACUGCCCAAACGCGGGACCAGAUCGGAACGCUGCGCAAGCAGCUCGGUCGGCUGGAGAAUCGGGCCCGCGAUCACGAUGAUGCGCUGCAGCGCGCACUGAAGGCGCUGGAGAAGUUCUACGACUUGCACCAGCACACGCAGGAAGAUUUGGUCGACGUGAGCGAUCAGCUGAAGAAGAUGAAGCCGGUCAGCUCGGAGCUGGAGCAGAUUCGCCACCAGCAGGAGGACUUCCGCCGAUUCCGCCAGCGCGUGGUGGAACCGCUCACCGGCAAGAUCGAUGAGCUGAACCGGCUGGGACAGGAUCUGAUCCGCUCGGCGCAGGGCGGCGUACCGACCGCACUGCUCGAGAAGGACCUGGAGAAGAUCAACGAUCGCUGGAACGACCUGAAGGAGAAGAUGAACGAGCGCGAGCGCCGGCUCGACGUGGGUCUGCUGCAGUCGGGCAAGUUCCAGGAAGCGCUGGACGGGCUGUCCGAAUGGUUGAAGGUGACGGAGGAAAUGGUUGCCAACCAGAAGCCCCCGUCGGCGGACUACAAGGUCGUGAAGGCGCAGCUGGCCGACCAGCCGUUCCUGAUGAAGAUGCUGUCCGAUCGGCAGGAAACGAUGGCAUCGAUGUUCGAGCUGGGCCAGGAAGUGGCCGCUGGAUGCGACGCGUCCGAGAAGGCCGCCAUCGAACGGCAGCUGAAGGAGCUGAUGCGGCGGCUGGACGAUCUAACCGAUGCGGCCCAGCGCCGUACGCACGACCUGGAGCAGGCGAUGCACGUGGCGAAGCAGUUCCAGGAUCAGCUGAUCCCCCUGACCAAGUGGCUGGACGGUGCGGAGCGCGCCGUGAAGGCGAUGGAGCUGGUGCCGACGGACGAGGAGAAGAUUCAGGCGCGCAUUCGCGAGCACGAGCAGCUGCACGACGAAAUUCUGUCCAAGAAGCCCGACUUUACCGAGCUGGCCGACAUUGCCGCUCAGCUGAUGGAGCUGGUCGGCGAUGAUGAGGCGGUGACGCUGAGCGAGAAGGUCAAGAACACGACCGACCGGUACACGGAUCUGGUGGUGGCUAGCGAAAACAUUGGCCACGUGCUGAACGAAUCGCGGCAGGGACUGCGCCAUCUGGUGCUCACCUACCAGGAUCUGGUUUCGUGGAUGGAGAAGACGGAGGGUAGACUGCAGCGGUUCAAAAUCAUCCCGGUGCACACCGAGAAGCUGCUCGAGCAGAUGAACGCGCUGGUAAUGCUGAACGAGGAGAUUGCCAGCCGCUCGCCGAACGUGGAGUCGACGGUGGAGGCCGGCUCGGAGCUGAUGAAGCACAUCUCCUCCGACGAGGCGUUGCAGCUGAAGGACAAGCUGGACUCGCUGCAGCGUCGCUACGGAGAGCUGACGACGAAGGGUGGCGAUCUGCUGAAGCACGCGCAGGAUGCCCUCCCGCUUGUGCAGCAGUUCCACGAUAGCCAUCUGCGGCUGGUGAACUGGAUGCAGGCGGCCGAAGCUUCGCUUGCAACGGGCGAUGCGAACGAGAACGAUAUCGCUCGCCUCGAGGCGGAGCUGAGCGAAAUCCGUCCACUGCUGGAGCAGGUGAACUCGAUCGGUCCGCAGCUGUGCCAGAUUUCGCCCGGCGAGGGUGCGUCGACGAUCGAGGGCAUUGUGACGCGCGACAACCGUCGCUUCGAAGCGAUCGUCGAGCAGAUCCAGCGCAAGGCCGAGCGUCUGCACUUGAGCAAACAGCGCUCGAACGAGGUUACGGCCGAUAUCGACGAGCUGCUGGAGUGGUUCCGCGACAUGGACGCUACGCUGCGCGAUGCCGAUCCGCCGGCAAUGACGCCGAAGCUUGUACGGACGCAGCUGCAGGAGCAUCGGUCGAUCAACGACGACAUCUCGAGCCAGAAGGGACGCGUGCGCGAUGUAACGGCCGCGGCGAAGAAGGUGCUGCGCGAAUCGCAACCGAACGACAACACGAUUGCGCUGCGCGAGAAGCUCGAGGACCUGAAGGAGGUCGUCGAGACGGUGGCCGCACUGUGCUCGAACCGUCUGUCGGUGCUCGAGCAGGCGCUGCCACUGUCGGAGCACUUUGCCGACUCGCACACCGGGCUCGCGACCUGGCUGAACGACAUGGAGCAUCAGAUCUCGAUGCUGUCGAUGCCGGCCCUGCGCCCCGACCAGAUCGCCAUCCAGCAGGACAAGAACGAGCGGCUGACGCAGUCGAUCGCCGAGCACAAGCCGCUGCUGGACAAGCUGAACAAAACGGGCGAAGCGCUGAUGGCACUGGUCGCGGACGACGAUGCGGCCAAGAUUGGCGAGAUACUGGACUCGGAUAAUGCGCGGUAUGCCGCGCUGCGCACGGAGCUGCGCGAUCGCCAAAAUGCGCUCGACCAGGCGCUGCAGGAGUCGGCCCAGUUCUCGGACAAGCUGGAGGGUAUGCUGCGCGCGCUGCAAAACACCGCCGAGCAGGCCAACCAGGCCGACCCGAUCUCGGCCCAUCCGCCCAAGAUUCGCGACCAAAUCGACGAAAACGUGGCGCUGGUGCAGGACAUCGACAAGCGCGGGGAAGCGUUCGCCGCGGUACAGCGUGCGGCGAGCGAUGUCAUCUCGAAGGCUACGAACCAGUCGGAUCCGGCCGUGCGCGACAUCAAGAAGAAGCUGGACAAGCUGAACGCACUGUGGGGCGAUCUGCAGAAGACGACGGCGAAGCGGGGCACGGCGCUGAACGAUACGCUCGGCGUGGCGGAGAAGUUCUGGAAGGAGAUGCAGGCGGUGAUGGAGACGCUGAAGGAGCUGCAGGAGGCGCUGCAGACGCAAGAACCGCCCGCCGCCCAGCCGCAGGCGAUCCAGAAGCAGCAGGUCGCGCUGCAGGAGAUUCGCCAGGAGAUCGAUCAAACGAAGCCCGAGGUCGAGCAAGUGCGCCGCACCGGCAGCAAUCUGAUGUCGCUGUGCGGCGAGCCGGACAAACCGGAGGUGAAGAAGCACAUCGAAGACUUGGACAACGCGUGGGACAACAUUACGGCACUGUACGCGAAGCGCGAGGAGAACCUGAUCGACGCCAUGGAGAAGGCGAUGGAGUUCCACGAGACGCUGCAGAACCUGCUGAGCUUCCUGAAGCGGGCCGAGGAGCGGUUCCAGAACCUUGGACCGCUCGGCUCGGACAUCGAGGCGGUGAAGAAGCAGAUCGAGCAGCUGAAGCACUUCAAGGACGACGUCGACCCGCACAUGGUGGAAGUGGAGGCAUUGAACCGAGCUCUAAACAGACAAGCGGUGGAACUGACGGAACGUACCUCAGCCGAACAGGCUGGCGCCAUUCGUGAGCCACUGAAUGCGGUCAACCGCCGGUGGGAGAACCUGCUGCGCGGUAUGGUCGAGCGGCAGAAGCAGCUGGAGCAUGCGCUCCUGCAUCUCGGCCAGUUCCAGCACGCGCUGAACGAGCUGCUCGUGUGGAUCAACAAGACCGACGCCAACCUGGACGAGCUGAAACCGAUCCCAGGCGAUCCGCAGCUGCUGGAGGUGGAGCUGGCCAAGCUGAAGGUGCUGGCAAACGACAUCCACGCCCACCAGAGCUCGGUCGACACGCUGAACGAUGCGGGCCGCAAGCUGAUCGAGAACGAUCGCGGCUCGCUGGAAGCGUCCACCACGCAGGACAAGCUGCAGCAGCUGAACAAGCAGUGGCGCGAUCUGCUGCAGAAGGCGGCCGACCGCCAGCACGAGCUGGAGGAGUCGUUGCGCGAGGCGCAAGCGUUCACGGCCGAAAUUCAGGACCUGCUUGGCUGGCUGGGCGAUGUCGAUGCGGUGAUCAGUGCGAGCAAACCGGUCGGCGGUCUGCCCGAGACGGCGUCCGAGCAGCUCGAGCGCUUCAUGGAGGUGUACAACGAGCUGGAGGAAAACCGCGCCAAGGUGGAAACGCUGAUCGCGCAGGGCCAGGAGUACGUGCGCAAGCAGACGCAGCUGCAGGUGUCGGCUAGCAACCUGCAGCACACGCUGCGCACGCUGAAGCAGCGCUGGGACGCGGUGGUGUCGCGCGCCUCCGACAAGAAGAUCAAGCUGGAGAUCGCGCUGAAGGAAGCGACCGAGUUCCACGACGCGCUGCAAGCGUUCGUCGAAUGGUUGACGCAGGCCGAGAAGCAGCUGUCGAGCGCGUCGGCCGUGUCGCGCGUGCUGGAGACGAUCCAGCAGCAGAUGGAGGAGCACAAGGUGCUGCAGAAGGACGUGUCGAUCCAUCGCGAGUCGAUGCUGCUGCUGGACAAGAAGGGCACGCACCUAAAGUACUUCAGCCAGAAGCAGGACGUGAUUCUGAUCAAGAAUCUGCUCGUCUCGGUGCAGCACCGGUGGGAGCGGGUGGUGGCGAAGGCCGCCGAGCGUACCCGCGCGCUGGACCACGGCUACAAAGAGGCGCGCGAGUUCCACGACGCUUGGGUGCAGCUGACCGGCUGGUUGAAGGAGACGGAGAAAACGCUCGACACGCUCGCGGAGGAAACGAGCAACGAUGCGGUCAAGAUCAAGAAGCAUCUCGAGAAGCUGCGCGAAAUCCAGCGCAAUCUGCAGUCGAAGGAAAGCUUCUACGAUAGCACGAUGCGCAACGGCAAGGGACUGAUGGACCGGGCGCCGAAGUCGGACGAACCGGUGCUGUCGAAGAUGAUGGGCGAGCUGAAGGACGCGUGGAAGCGGGUCUGUCACAAGAGCGUCGAGCGGCAGCGCAAGUUCGAGGAGGCACUGCUGCUGUCCGGCCAGUUUGCCGACGCGCUGCAGGCCCUGCUCGAUUGGCUGCGCAAGACGAAGGCGCGCCUGGCGGAGGACGGCCCGGUGCACGGCGAUCUCGACACGGUAACGACGCUGGUCGAGCAUCACCGGCAGCUGGAGUCGGAUCUGGACAAGCGGUCGGCCCAGAUGCAGAGCGUCAUGAAGACGGGGCUCGAGCUGGAGCGCUCGGAUGAGACGCGCGAAACCAGCAAGCAUCUGAAGGAGAUGCAGCGCCUGUGGGACGAUGUGCAGGACCUGAGCGGCCGGCGCAAGAGCCGCCUGGACGUGGCGCUGAAGGAAGCGGAGCGGCUGCACAAGUCGGUGCACAUGCUGCUCGAGUGGCUGUCGGAGGCGGAGCAGAAGCUGCGCUUCGCGGCGGCCGCACCGGACGAUGAGUCGCAGGCGAAGGAUCUGCUCGACACGCACGCCAAGUUCAUGAAGGAGCUGCGCGAGAAGGAGUACGACAAGGAGGACACGAUCGGGCUGGCAAACAGCAUCCUCGGCAAGGCGCACCCGGACGCGAUACCGAUCAUCAAGAACUGGAUUUCCAUCAUACAGUCGCGCUGGGACGAGAUCUCGCAAUGGGCGAUCAGUCGCCAGACCAAGCUGGAGCAACAUCUGAAGGAUCUGCAGGAUCUGGACGAAUCGAUCGAGGAGCUGCUCGCUUGGUUGGCCGGAUUGGAAGCAACGCUGCUAAAUCUGGAAACGGAACCACUGCCGGAUGAAAUUCCACCGCUAGAGGUGCUGAUUGCGGACCACAAGGAGUUCAUGGAAAAUACGGCGCGCCGUCAGGGUGAGGUCGACCGUGCGUGCAAACCACGCCAACCGCCACCGGGUCUGAAGGAAACGCGUAAACCGUCCCGUGGUGUACUGAAGACACCCAUUAAAGGAUCUCAGGCCGAUCUUCGUGAGCAUUCACCCGACUACGGCACCCUAGGACGCAAGCAGAGCUUUAAGGGAUCGCGUGAUCAAGGCCUGAAUUCACGUCGCACAAGCCGCGCAACCCAGAGUCCUGGACGCGAAACGCAAACACCGGAACGGGAUCGGUUGCCACAUUACGGUCCACGGUUCUCGACAAGCAACCAAGCGGACACGGAGCUCCGUUCGCCGCGUGCGAAGCUGCUGUGGGAGAAGUGGCGCUACGUGUGGAUGCUGGCAUGGGAACGCCAGCGGCGCCUGCACGACCACAUGCUCUACCUCCAGGAUGUGGAGCGCGUCCGGCAGUUCAGCUGGGAGGAGUGGCGCAAGCGCUUCCUCAAGUUCAUGAACCACAAGAAGUCACGCCUGACGGAUCUGUUCCGCAAGAUGGACAAGGAUAACAACGGUCUGAUACCGCGCGAGGUGUUCAUCGAUGGAAUUAUUGGCACAAAGUUCGACACGUCCAAGCUGGAGAUGGGCGCCGUGGCCGAUCUGUUCGAUCGCAACGGCGAAGGACUGAUCGAUUGGCAGGAGUUCAUUGCGGCGCUGCGACCGGACUGGCAGGACCGCAAACCGAAGACUGAGGCGGACAAGAUCCACGACGAGGUCAAGCGGUUGGUCAUGCUGUGUACGUGUCGGCAGAAGUUCCGCGUGUUCCAGGUCGGCGAAGGCAAAUAUCGAUUCGGUGACUCCCAGAAGCUUCGCUUGGUGCGCAUCCUGAGAAGCACAGUGAUGGUCCGCGUCGGCGGUGGAUGGGUGGCGCUGGACGAGUUCCUGGUGAAGAACGAUCCUUGCCGAGUGGCCUUAGUUCUACCACUACCGAACCCGAACGAUCCGCGCCAGCACGAAGCCUGCUGUCCGUUGUCCAAGGGACGUACAAACAUCGAACUACGUGAGCAGUUCAUACUGGCCGACGGUGUGUCGCAGUCGAUGGCCGCCUUUAAGCCGCGUAUGUCUGGCUCGGCCGGUUCCGGAUCGAAUCAAACCAGCUCGCCGAUACCAACACAAGGUCCUAUUGUGAAGGUACGCGAACGUUCGGCAAAGUCGAUUUCCAUGUCGCGACCGUCGCGCUCGUCACUGUCCGCGUCGACGCCGGACUCGCUCAGCGAUAACGAAAGUGGAAUUGGAACGCCCGGACGCUUCCAGACGCCCAGCCGCAAAUCUUCAGUGCCAGCCAGUCGAUCUCAGAUGACACCGGGUGGUUCGAGGGCCAACUCACGCCCUAGUUCACGACCAGCUAGCCGGGCCGGUUCGAAACCACCGUCCCGGCACGGGUCCACCCUGUCGCUGGACAGCACGGACGAUGCAACGCCAUCGCGCAUUCCUACCCGCCGGCUAACGCAAACAUCGACACCGCGGCCAUCGCGCCUGUCGGUCGGAUCCGUUUCGGGUCGCACGGGCACAACCACCACCACAACCACGAACGGUGUCUCAUCGCGAACGGCUUCCGGUGCUGCCUCACCUGCUCCGACGAGAAACGGUGGCAUGAGUCGAUCAUCCAGUAUACCAACACUAAUAGGACUACCAAAUAGCAGUCAACCUCGCUCACGGAUUCCCGUCCGUCAAACUUCCAAUGUAUCGAACUCUUCGUCAGCGACGGGAAAAACGAGCGGUGCAUCAACACCGUCCGGCAUGCAGACACCGCGCCGCACCUCGGUAGAGCCCGGCACGGCACCGCCGCGACCGGAAAGUCGCAACUCCCGGGGCACGACGCCGAGCGAAAAGCGUGCACCGUUCCGGCUGUAAGGAGCGAACGUACUGUUAGUGUAUGUGCCAGAAAAGGAAAGUAAGAAGAAAACAAUCAUCAACAUCAGCCCCCCACCAACGGUUUCGCUAUCCCCAGAUAAAAAAAACAAACACACGAAACACGACCAACGAGAAACAACAUCUGAUCGAAAAGAAUUAAGAAACGAAGAAACCGAACGGGCUAUAGUAAACGGGGAUAGUAGUAGCAGGUAGUAGUGGAUUUAGGAUUACCAAACUACAGUGGAGACAAAAAAAAACUGUAGCUUUGAAACGUUAAAAACCAAGGAGAAGGAACAACAGAAUUGUUCAGUGAAAAAUGUGAAGAAAAAAGUUUUACAAACCCCGAAAGGGUAGGAAAAAAGUGAAGGAAAAAAGUAGAAUGAAGUGCAUUUUCUAGGCGCCAUAAUUCCAGUGAACAUGCAUGUAGGCGUCCUUUUAUUUUACAGCAGAGUGUAUGUAACAAGGAAACAGCAAAUUUGUGAAUAUAUUUUCUAUCAAACACAAAGGAUGUGUUUUGUAACAAAGGAUGAUAAAGAGAGGGAAACAGAUGUAAAAACGUAUUCGCAAACGAAAAGAAACAUCACGAGUAAAAGGAGAUUGCAAAAACAAAACGCUCGAAUAUGCAGAAAGUGUUCAACAGCAACGAACAAGAACGAUUAAGCAAAAGAAUUGAAAAAUAGUUUAGUUGCGCAGAAAAAAAAGGUAAAAAUCGCCAGUUUUGCCCUUUUUUCUGUCGUGGUUAAGCUUACAAUUCUUGGAACUUGAAGGAGGAAAAGGGCACAACCUUUGCAAAGGUUUGCUUUCUAUGUUUUCCAUUUUGUUGUUUAUUAUAAUUAUUAUCUUCUUUUUGUUGUAGUUUAUUUUUCUACUCUCACUCACAUGUUUCUUUCUUCAUUCUUCAACAACUUUCUUUUAUCUCUUUGUUUAGUAUACUUUUAAAGGAUUUAUUUAUUGCCAUUCUUUUGUGUUUAUAAUAACGACUGCUUUUGUUUUUCUUGUUUAUUUUUUUAAUUCUCUAAACACAUCCCAUCCCUGUCUUGUGGGAUUUUUUUGUUAAAAAAAAAGAAAAAAAGGGAAAGUGUAAAAGAUCGCCAGCUUUUACCCUUUACUCCUUUUUUUUUUGUUUGCUUUGCCCGAUUAACGAUAGCAUCGAAAAUCGGAAAAAAAAGUAUUUCGUGCGAUAAAAAUGAAAGACUUUUGUGUGUGAGAUUUUCUUUCGCCGGUAGCGUUACGACCACAGCACAUUUUGGGAACGUUGGAAAAAAUCGCCAGUUUUUCCUGUCCCAAACGUGUUAUCCUCGUGGGAAACGCUACCGUGCGGGACAGAAGCUCACUGCAGCGCUGUACACACACACUCUCUGUGUAGUGGUUACCAACUUUUCACGCAAAAGUGCAAGUGCAGCACAGAGCGGCUUGGGAGGGAAAACAUAUUACAAAGCGUAACAAUGGUUCAUUUUUGUGUUUUUUAUGGUUUUUUGAGAAGUUGUAGGACGGAUGGUUUUUUAUUUGUUAAAAUGCAUAUUCUUUGCAAAACAUGAACUAUUAUUGUCCCCCCUUUUUUAGUUAACAAACAGCGCAAAAAGGGAGCAAAAAGAGGAAAAAAAAGUCAUUUAGUUACUAAGAGAAAGCAACGGAAGAAGUGGCGCGGUGUGUGCGGUAGUGUGGUGUGUUGGUGGUUUUUCUGAUGAUAAUAGUGCAGGAAUUUAUUAUUACGAAAAAAAAGUCCCAUUUAAUAAGCUCCCCCCAUUGAUCGUGUUCGAAUAUUGUGUUUGUUUGUUUUUUUUUUUUAAUAUAGGAUGAACAACGAUAGUGUGAUAGUGUGAAGGUGUGAAUAGGAGAGAGCAAGUGAGCAACGCAAAGUGAACGUAAAAUAGGGAAACACACACACACAUGCCGGCCACCCGCGCCCACUAUUAUUCGCUUUAUUGAAACUAAUAGUUUUGUAUGUGUUAAUGUGUUUUUUUUUUUCAUUAUUUCUUUUAAUUGCUAAACAUCCCUCCGUGUUGUUGUUUUGACCACAGCUCUUGCGCUAAUACAAUAAUAAUUCCUGCUAGACACUAAACAAGAGAAAACCACGGCGAGACUCGGUGCGAUCCGACGCUACCCGGCGGGUCUCGCUCGUAUCUUUUGCCCAUUUGUAAUUAUUAUACAUAUAAACACAACUACCACGUAAAACAAGCAAAACAAUUUAUUAAAGAAUAAAACAACAAAAAAAGCGCAUGAAGCAGAAGGAGUCGUAGAUAAUCUCUUAGGGUUUUUUUUGUUUGUUUGCUUGCUGUACGGCGCAAUUGUUCAGUUAUAGAUGAGUAGGGGUUUCUUUUUUAAUAAAAAGUCAGAAAAAGUUAUACAAAAAAAAACAACGUGCGAGAAACACAACUUUUCCCCCGCAAUAUUGGGUGGGGCAAAAAAUAAUAAUUAACGAUUAACUCUAGCUUAUUUGUAAUUUGUAACAAAUUAAUAACAGAAUUUAAGGAAUUGCGAUAUAGAUAGCGAGAGAGAGAGAGAGCGUGCGAGUGAUGCGAGAACGAGAGAUGCGUGUGCGAAUGCACGUGUGGAGUAGAUAGAGCAUAGGACGAGUAAUUUACAUUCUCGGUGAUUUGGCUUCUAUUUGCAGAUAAACAAAAAACAAACAAACAAAUGCAAUUUUAAAUCGAUUUUGCUUUAAAACCACAAUUAGAAACCAUGUGUUUGCCGCAUAACAAGCAAUGUAAUCGAAAAUGCUACCCUUCGUGGUAGAGAAAGCAACGCUUAAUACAAAAAGAAAGCUAUUUGUUAAUUUACAAAGGCAAAUGCAGCAGAAACUAGCAAAAAAGCAACAAGAAUAUCUGCAAGUAAAGGCGCAACCGAUGAAACCGAAGAAGAAGGAGUGUGAACCGAAGGAAGAAGGAAGACAAACUGUUCUAAAAAAUUAAUAAAGACGAAACAACAGUUAUUAAUCAACAAA